AGAUGCCAGCGUAUGGACAUCACCCCAUCAAAGGGAAUCAUCCGACAUAGGCAAAAGAAGAGGUCGGAGGCACAAGUUGCGGCUUGACGGUUCGUGCCUGGCAGUCCAGCUGGAGUCUAGCAGCCAGCAGUCCAGCAUUCAGUUGGGCCAGCAGUUCCGCAUCCAUUUCAGCAGCAGCAGCAGCCAACAGACCUGCAGCCAGAUGUUCCAGUUCAGCAUCCAAUUAGGCCCGCAGUCCAGCAGCCACUCCACCAGCCAGCAGUCUUGCAGGUUCAGCAGACAUCAGUCCAGUUGCCGCAGGAGGAGGUCGACGUGUUGAAUUCGCAAACGAACCGCAGGCUCCACAGGGCCCACAUUGCAGCAGAGCGCGCUGUAGUCUUUGAUGGACGGCGCCGAAAGCAUGGUGACAAUGUGCUCACAUGCCGCCCAUCGCCACAGGUUUGGGGUCCACAGCCAGCGCAAGAAGUUGAAGAGUUGAGGUGCCACGUUGGACAGUGUGGAAUCGAUGAGCACCUUCGUGGACGAUGUCAAGAAAUGCAGGAGCGACAAGCUGGCAUCACCAUGGAGGCAUGAGAGCCACCUCGCCAAGAUCACACUCAAGCUGGAGGACUCGCUCGAGGUCGUACCGGUGCAGACCACGGCAUUCCGAGGCCCGCAAAAAUACAGGGGCUUGGCGGCGAUGCAGGCAGCGGUGGCAGCGGGCCCCAAGGUGGUUCGGGCCCCAGAGUACGAGAGACUGGCGGCGAUGCGGGCAGCAAACGCUAAAGGCACCAAAGUGUUUCCGGCUCGCCAGCCCAGGCAGCUGAGCCCGAGGCCACUGCCGAAGCGGGAGUUCCCGGUCAGCGCGUGCCCGCGGCCAGGCCCGAUCGCUGGGAUGAACGGCAACAAUGCUACAGGUUGAUACAGCUCGAAAAUGGUCGGAGCCGCAGAUCUCAGGCCUUCAAGCCUCCGUAGGCCUCCACAAAUGCUGUCUUUGGAGCCCCUAGGAGGCUCAGAGUUUCAGGCUUCGGGCUUCUGUAGACCUCCAGAGAUGUCUUGGUCCCUUUCGAAUCGACCCCGACUCCGAUUCUGGUUUCGGGCAACUCGCUUGCGGCCAACCGGAGCCCGCUGCGACUCAAGCGCGAGCACGAGGAGCCUCCUGCACCAGCAGGUCUAGGACAAGCUCGGGCUGGAAUGGUCGCCAGUCAGAACCAAACGGAAGCUUCGCAGUUGACAGCGUAUUUGUCCUGUCUUUGUGUGCUGCGCGGACGGGUGGCUCCUCCACGCCAUUUUUCUCUUGGCGGGAACGUUGGGGAUUUUCCCCCCGUUCCGCCGUGUAGUUUUCGCUGGGGGGUCGGUGACCCCGCUGCUUGGAGGCAUGUGCUCUCUCCCAGGCUCGCUUACGGCACACUAGCUGGAACCUCAGGUGCAAAAGCAAGUCGUCCUCUCCAUCCUCCCGCUGCUCUUACUUUGGUAAGGGAGAACUCUGGGGGAUGAGAAAUAGGAGGAGCACGAAGAUCCUCCUUUUCCUUCUCGUCGGUCUACCCUCUCAUGCCCCGUAUGACUAGCAUUGCACGCCAGCCC